AUGUCUCUCGACGCAGCUCACCGUGCUGAGCAGGAUCUCAACUCCUACCAGGCCAAGCAGGGUAUUGGACGAAAGAGUGACUCUGUCCUCGAAUCCGGAGUCAAUGAACAAGUAGACAAGCAGUUUGGCGGUGCGGCAAGCGCAAAGUACGGAGUGGUCGCCAGUUCAUCAUCCGGCGACCACAGAAAGAUCCCUCCGGAAGAAGGUGGUGAACUCGAUGAUCGGGGACGAAUGACUGAAGCGAAGGACUUCGAGGGCCCUGAUGGCCCCGAAGAAAAAAUAAAAGCCGCGACGGUGCGACGACCGGGAGACGAUGAUGUCCUGGUCCCCCAGGAUCUAAAGCACAAGGGCAUCAAAUAA